GUGAAUUUUCUGUUAGAACUUCCGUGUCUCUUGAAGUGAACAGUUCGUAAGAAGCGGUUAAAAUAAAUAAUAAAGAAAAAACAAAAUUUGAGGAAAACAAAAAUUUGAAAAAAUUAAAAAAAAAAAAAAAACAUUUUGACGUCGGAAUUUUUUGAUUUUAAUUUUUUUCCUCUCAUUUAUAUUCUCUCUUUUAAAAAUAUUGUGAAAAUUUUUUUAAGACAACGGUUUCUAAUUAUUUAACAUUUGUGAACAAACAUUUGAAAAAAAAAAUAAAGUAAAAACACAAGGGGACAAAGAAUUUCAAUUCAUUUUUGAUAGUAGAAGUUGAGAGGAAAUUUUUCUGAAUUUUAUUAAGAUUAAUCAAAAAAAUAAAUAAUAAAAAAAAAUAUCAGUUAUUUUUAUUUUAUAACAGUAAGAAAGUAAGAGUAUUAAAAUAAAGAAAAGUUAAAAAAAAGAACAAGAGAAAAAAAAGGCAAAAGACGAAAAAGACGAAAGAAUUUCAAAAAAUAUUUCAGUUGGUAUUUUAAGAUAAUAAGGAAAAUAAGAAUGAUUAGAGAAUUUUUGAAAUGAUGAUCCUUAAAAGUGCUUAAGAGUUCUAAAAUAAUAUUAAAAGUAGAAUAAAAAAAGAAAAAAAAAUUAAGAAGCAAAAAUUGUGUAAAAUACAAAAAAAAAAUAAAAAAAAAAUUAUUUGUAUUUUUUUUUUAAUAAAAAAUUUUUUUUGUAAUUUUAUCCUUCUUUGAAUAUUUUUUGAAGAAUUUUGAAUUUAUUUUCGAAAAAUAAGAAAAGGAAGAAAAAAAAAUAAUGUUAUUACAUAGAAACUUUUUGAUGAUGGAAAAUCGUGGAAAAUAUUUUGGUUUGAUCCUGGUGAUAUUCGGAAUAAUUUCGAAUCCAUGUGAUGCACGUGCGGUCAAUAUAAGCAACACUUGGACGUUACCACAUGAUGGUUUCACAGUUUUUUAUCGUUUCUUUAGAGAUCAAAUUUCAUGGUUUGAAGCAGAUGCUGUUUGUCAAUUUCAUCAUGCCAAUUUAGUAACAGUUACCAACAGUGUAGAAUUCGAUGCAUCAAGAGAAUUUCUUAGAAUAUUAGAUGUUACUGAACCAGUUUGGAUCGGUUUAAUGAGAUCACAGAAUUCUGAUCGUUUCUACUGGUCAAAUUCUAAACCAUUGGUUUCAACAACUGAAUAUUGGGCUGAAUCUUUACCAGUUAUUGAUGCACCAUUAUGUGCAGUUAUAGAUCCAGUAAGAGAUUAUCGUUGGCAUGCAUUAAGAUGUGGAGGACCAGAAACAGCAUCAUUUCUUUGUGAAAUGAAUGUACCUAGUUGGGCUGAAGAAUGUGUUAUAAGAGAUAUCCCAUCACUAACAAUUCAGUAUAUGGCUGAUAGUGGAACAGUUGAAAUAACAAAAGAUUGUGGUGAUGAAGAAGGUACAAUAAUUCAAGUUUGCCGUGGAAAACAGGAUCUAGAUAAAAUUAUUAACAACCUGAUUUGCAAAAAUGAAAAAAUUCAACAAGAAAUCCAACAAAUUUUCAGUCAUGAACGACAAAACUUAGUUAUUAACUCAGAUCUAUUAGACAGUCAUAAGAAGUCAAUUGAAAUCAUUAAAAAUGCUCAAACUGAUAACAAUGAAGACAAUAAUAUAAGUGUACAGAAUAAUAAUGGUUUUCAUCCGAUGGAGAAAAUUUCCGAACAAGAAACUGAAAAUCCUGUUCAAAAAUUAAUUGAGCAAUUUGAUGUUGAAGAAUUAAUGCAAGCUGAUCAGCCACAAGAACAAACACAAAAACAAGAAACUCAGCAAACUUCUACACCAUCUGAGGAAAUAAUUCCAUCAACAGGUGCCACGAUUAAUCAGAAAACACUUAAACGACAAAAUAAAAAAGUAAGAUCUGGUGAUAAAAAAUUAAAUAAGAAAUUACCAAAUGGACAGAAGAAAGAGCAACGUGGUAAAAAUAUAGCUAUUGAAGAUAUGAUGAUGGGUGAUCAACCAAUUUUAGGAUUUGGAGAUGAUGAUCUUAAUGAGAUUCAAGAACCUCUUCCACAUACAAAAAAAAUGUUACCACAAGAUUUAAAACAUGAAGAUGAUAAUUUAGCUAAAGAUAAGGACUUGAAUAAAGCAAUGAAGGAAAAAAUUCCCGAUAAAAUAAUGUUAACAACUACAACAAUGCAGUCAAAUAUUGUUGCUGGUACGACACAUUUAGUUGCGCAUGAAAAAGAAAUGGAAUCAAUUACUAUUGAUAAUACAGAUGAUGAAACUGUAACAGGAACUACAACAUUACCUGUAAUAGCCACUGAUGAUAUAGUUGAUGAUGUUAGUCGCUCAAACGGAAUCAUUUCAACAACAAAUCCACUUGCAGGUGAAGAAAAUUUAAAUACUGCAUCGGGAAUAUCAUCUGACGGUACAAUUAGUUCAUUACCAAAUGAAGCAUCAAUAUCUAUAACAACAAGUGAAUCGGAGUCCCUACCAUCCAGUACCUUAACAGCUUAUACAAAUUUACCUGAUUCAACUACGACAACGGCUACAAUAUCGUCAUCUCACGUAACAAUCACAACAUUAUCGCCAGGUGAAACUAAGUCAACACCAGCUGUUACAAUUGGUCAUCCAAUGCACCCACAACAACCACGUAGCAAUAUAAUAUCAGAAGAAACUGCUCAUCAACAUAUUAAAGAAACUAAUGAUAAUCACUUUAUACCCCCAAUGCUUAUGGUUAAAUCUCACUAUCAAUCACCAAAAUCGGCUUUGGGACACAACAACGAACAUCAAUUAGAUUUGCAGAUUGUCAGAAAGAAAACGACACCAACUGAUUCAAAUACAACUUCUUUGACUUCAUCGAAUGACGAAGUCAAUCAUUCAGGGUCCGAAUCAAACAGUAUUACCACGACUACAAUUAAAUCAAUGACACCUAUUGUAAAUGAUGUUAAUCACCACACUACAACGUUAGCUAGUUCAAAAGUAUUAGUAUCUGACUCCAAACAAAAUAAACCUGACGAAGUAAAUUUCGACCAAUCUACGGCAACACAGGUUGCUGGUGAAAAAUUACCAUUAACAACAUUACCAGAAUCAGAAGUUUUGGAACAAACAGUUUCGACGGUCACAAGUUUAACCUCAAAAGAUAUCUCAGAAGCGAAAUCAGUAACAGAUAAAGACAUUUCUGAAUCACAACAAAUUACACCAACAGCUACUAUUAUACCAAAUCAAGUUGUUGAAAUAAAAUUAUCGAAUGAUGGAAGUACAGAAAAUCCCAGAAGAAUUUCGAUUACAACAAAACCAAUAACAUUAAUGUCAUCAGAAAUUGAUAUAGAUUCGCAAAAUAAACCAUCCACUGAUGAAAUUCCAAAACUAUUACCAACUGUAGAUAUGGCACCACUUACCGCAACUGAAUACUCAAAUAAUAAAGAAAGUGGAAUUCAUUUUACUUCAGAAUCUGAAAAUUUACCGAAUGCAGAAUCUCUUAAAUUGUCAUCUUUCGUUCCAUCUCUCGCUGAAUCAAAUAUUCAAAAAGCCGAACUACCAACAACAGUUGAUGAAACAUUAUUUGGAACACCAACACAAGAUAUUAAUAAAAAUUUAAAUGAGCUUUCAACAACAGCCGCACUUAUUAAUUCCGUAUCUGAUAAAAGUAUAUCAGCAUUGGGCGAAACUAAUAAUAAUUCUACAUCUUCUUCCGAAAUGGGUGAUUUAAAUAGAUCGAAACAAAUUAAUAAUGAAAAUCUUUAUAUAACAUCAACUAGGGCUACAACAACAAUUAAAACUUUAUUACCCACAAAGAAAACUUCAAUGUUAAAAAAACAUAAUUUGAAAAAGGCAACAGCAUCAUCGUCGUCGUCAUCAGAUACAACUGGAACAAUAUCGUCAUCAUCAUCAAUAGAAGAGGGUUCAGUAGGACAUCAUGAUGUUUAUACUUCAGAUGAAGGAAGUUUUGAACAGCAUAAACCAAAUCGAAAACGUAUUUUAACUAAACCAGAAACUCAAAGUUAUUUGAAAAAGAUUCUUGGUUAAAAAUAAAAUUUUUAUUUUUGUUAGUUUUUUAUAAAUAAGAUUUUAAUUUUUAUUUGAAAAAUAUUUAUUGCAUUCGCAAUUCAACUGAUUUUUGGAAACGAUAAAGAUGAAAAAAACAUUUAAUCUUAAUAACAAAUUCGAAUUCGAUUCAGCUGGCUUAGCAAUACUUGAAAUUCUUACAAUUAUUUCAAUUUUAAUUAAUUUACUGCAUACAGCCACAGAGGAAUGCAGGAAUUGAAAAUUAUUAAUAUUUUUACUCAAUUUCUCACCGCAAGCUCAAUGUAAUGAUUGUCAAUGUAAACAAUAUUGCCAAUUGUACUAUAAUUUUUAUUCAACUUUAUUACCAGAAUCAAAAAUCAAAAGAUUUUUAAUGAAG